UUCUCACAUUUAUUCUUCCUCUUCCCAAGUUAGAGGUAACUUACAAUUGCCGGAAAAUGGCACCUUACCGGGCUCCAAUUAGUAAAAUUUUGAUAUGUGCUUUCAUGAUCAUUGGGGUCUCCGGCCACCACGACUACCGGGAAGCACUCUCCAAAUCUAUUGUCUUCUUUGAAGGCCAAAGGUCAGGCAAACUCCCAGCCAACCAACGGAUAACUUGGCGGUCCGACACCGGUCUUUCUGAUGGUUCGCCAGAAAACGUCGAUUUGAGUGGUGGGUACUAUGAUGCAGGGGACAACGUGAAAUUUGGUUUGCCGAUGGCCUUCACAACUACAAUGCUAUCUUGGAGUGUGAUUGAAUUCGGGAAGCGUAUGCCUAAUGGGCUUCAUAAAGCCCGGGAAGCUAUUCGUUGGGCUACUGACUAUCUCCUCAAGGCCUCUAGUAGCCUUCCAGAUGCUCUCUAUGUUCAGGUUGGUAACCCAACAGAAGACCAUGACUGCUGGGUACGCCCGGAGGAUAUUGAAACUCCUCAAAAGGUUUAUAAGGUGACUCCUACAAAUCCUGGUUCUGAUGUCGCCGGAGAGACCGCCGCCGCCCUUGCGGCCGCCUCCCUUGUGUUCAAACAUGUGGAUCAUCAAUACUCGAAGACACUACUAGAAACUGCAAAAAAGACAUUCGCAUUCGCCGACAAAUAUAAAGGAAACUAUAGCCAACACCUCUCCUCUGUUGUUUGCCCAUAUUAUUGCUCAUAUUCAGGCUACCUUGAUGAAUUACAAUGGGGAGCUGCAUGGCUUUACAAGGCAACAAAAAAUUCUAUAUACCUCGAUUAUGUGAAAAGAAUGGGAGUUGGAAGCGAUUGUGAUACUUUCAGUUGGGAUAACAAAUUGAUGGGAACCAGAGUCCUACUCUCAAGGAACUCACUUGUUGAAGAAGAUGAAGAUGUCUCUGGAUUCCGUGAAGCAGCAGAGAGGUUUAUAUGCAAUCUACUACCAGAAUCACCAUCCCUUGCAACAACAUACACACCAGGUGGGCUAAUGUACAAGAUGAAAGAUAGCAACUUGCAAUAUGUGACUUCCACAACUUUUCUCUUGACCUCCUACGCUAAGUACUUGAAGAAUUCUACAAAGACUUUUACUUGUGGUAAUUUGGUGGUCACUCCAACCCUUAUAAGAGAACUUACAAAGAAACAGGUAGAUUACAUUCUUGGAGAUAACCCACAUGGGAUGUCAUACAUGGUAGGGUUUGGAGAGAAAUUCCCUCAACGUAUCCACCACAGAGGCUCUUCCUUGUCAAGUAUCAAUGAGAAGCCCCAACCCUUUGGUUGCAAGGAAGGUUUCAGUUCUUACUUCGGUAUAGAACCAAACCCUAAUAUCUUGACAGGGGCCAUAGUUGGUGGACCCGACCAAUAUGAUAACUUUGAAGAUGAUCGUGACAACUAUGCUCAAUCAGAACCUGCCACAUACAUUAAUGCACCAUUUGUAGGAACCUUAGCUUACUUGGCUUCCAAAUUCAAGUCAUAACUUAAUUCAAAUUA